AUGUUUGACAAGACAGUUGUUCUGGAAAUUGACCUUCUAAAAAAUGAAAAUCGUAAUGAAUUCUCCUAUAUUGAUCUUGUACAGUCUGAACUGGGAAUCAACAUUGGUCUGGAUGUGCCAACCGGAAAUGAGGACUCUCGCUUGAUAGAGCUAGCAAAGUCUUUCGAAAGGAAAUACGGUAAUAUGGUAACAGUAACCAAUAAGGGCAAACGGCGACGUCUCCGAGUGGAUGAUUUCAUUGAUCUCGGGGAGGGCUACGAUUCUCAGGACUCCUUCAUCGACGAUUCAGAGGCAGUGGAACUGAUCGUUGCUCCCACUCUCAGAACCCGACACGGUGGCUUUUUCGUCAACGAGGGCUUUCUUGAGAGCGUUGAGGACAGAUCGAUGGACAUCGAGCCGCCACCUUCCGCACCGAAAGUAAAAAUUGAUCUCUCUCCCCCAUCACCCAAGCGACCCAAACUCAAAAAGGACAAGUCAAAACAGUUGUUGGAGAGAGCCGUGAAGCAGCUAGCCGCACCCGCUGCUGCUGUGUCUACGGGUAGUAAGACUACAAAGAAUGGACUCAACUCCCUCGACGCCGUCUUCGAUUCUGUGCUUUCCGCUUCCACGCAAAAUGAGGUGAAUAAAUCGCCUUCGACGACUUCUUCCAAUAGUAAGGCGACUUCAAACAAUAGGACGAUCUCAUCGAAACCUCCUACGCCUGCUAGGCAUCAUCAUCAUCAGAACCCCCCUCCUUUGCCACCUCUCUCUGAGGAUUUGCGCUCUGAGGUGCAGAAAAUUUUGGCCUUUAAGCAAAGUUCUACGCAAGCUUUGCCCAAGUUGCUCUUUCCGCCCCAAUUCGACAACGAGUUGUUAAGAUUUGAUGAGCUGAUGAUUAAGAAGAACUUGUCGAAGAUGACCAAGUCUGCAGUGUAUGCGCAUAUUGCGAAUCAAUUGUGUAUGAAAAGCAAGACGCUAGUUGGGCGGUUGCGAAAACUGAAGGAACUCAAAGACGACUCCUUGCUGGAGCCCAUGCUGAUUGCUCUUAAGGACGCCGUGUCGAAGAUUAUGCCCGACAUUCUGUCUGCCUAUAAUCGUGAUUUGACAAACUACCAAGAGCGCUUAAAUACCUGGGAAAAUGAGCGGCUAACAAACCCCGAGGCCAAACGUCCUGGUGCUCCAAAGAAAAUAUUCCGGUGGAACUCUGAUUGUCGGUCUUUGCUUGAACGAAUAGUCGCUUUCCGCAUGGAAGCAACCUUCAGUGCGAUGGGCAAGUGCCUUGAUGAGGAUCAAAUGAAGCGUUUCUUGCACACUCUCAUCCCUCUCUGGCCUGACAAUUGGAUCUCUGUCGCAGCCCUUUGGCGAGCAGGUUCGUCUACCUAUCAAGGCAUGUUGAACAAAUUAAUGCCUGGUGCUUUUCCGACAGUUACGUCCUCCACUCCCAAUACCUCAAAGACGGUGGCACCUGUGUUCAGUAAAGCCAUCGGUGCCGUCAAUACUUUUGCAUUUCCAAACAGGGCAACAACGGCGACUGUUUCACCGGCCUCAGGAAAUAGAUCUUCAGUCACCUCAAAGCCGUCAACUUCUGUCGCUGCUGCUACCCCUCUCCGUACCACCCAGUCCGCUCUCACCCCAUUGCCCGCCACCUCGGGCGCCUCUAAUACGCGUUACAUCUCUCCCUCCACCCCACAGCAAACGUUUGCUCCCCAUGUCAGUAGUUCUGCUGCUGGUACUGGCGGCAAAGAGACCGGUGUAUAUAUGGUGCAGUUUGCCACGUCCUCACCUCCUGUCUCCGCUGCUGCCACAAUCAAGAAGGACACUCCUAAGGCUGCCAUAGUGGCACCUUUGAUCGACCUGACCGAGGUCCAGCAGGACUCUCCACCCCAGCUGCAGACCCUACCUUCCACUGCUAUCACUUCCUCCGUACCUUCUUCCAACUUUAGUCAGCCCGGUAUCGCCUCCAAGGCUGUAUCCCCCGUGCUGACAUCCCGGCGAGUCACCUGCGCGUCGCAGAGCCCUACCCCCGUCGUGCCCGCCGCUCCCCCCGCUGUCCGCGCAUCCGUUCCCUCUGUCACUGUCUCCAUGGGUCAGCUUCUCGGUCGCGCUCCCAUUAAUGUCUCUCAACAGCAGCAACAACAGGCCAGUAUGACCCUUCAAGCGGUGUCAAACAUUAUAUCAGCUUUUCAACAACAGAUUCUUCAAAAGCAGCGUCUCGCUGCUCACGAGAAUGUGCGCUACACAACUACAGCCGCGCCCAUCCUCAUGAACCGCUACCAUCAACCGCAGCACCCAGCAGCGCAGGCAACCACAAGGGUGGUGUCGGGAGCACCGGCACAGGCCUGGAACGUUGCGGUUUCUUCGGUCUCCUACGUCUCCACUGCUUCAAUUCCCUCCGUCUACUCCGCGCCGAUUGUUCAGAGUUCAUUGGUGUCUCGACCACCCCAACCACAGCAACUUCGGCAGCAACAAAUGCGCGCGGCUUCUGCUGGCUACAACAAACUCACCGAGCCCCAUAUCAGCUGGUCACAUCAGUACGACCUCGCUCAAGGAGUAGAUGUCAUCUUCCUAAGUUCCCUGGGUCUCGGCUGCGGCAUUUCCGGCAUAAAGUUGAACUGUGAUGCCGUGUAA